UGCAGCUUACUUUGCGCGUGCUCAUAUUACUGUUGGUUUGGUUUUGUUUGCGAGAUCAAAAUCAUUUCUUGAGGAAAGUAUUUUUCAUGUUUGAUUUGGGAAGACAGCUAAAACUUUAAAUCAGUAAUGGACUUAAAGGAAGCCAGUUGUCAUUCUCUUCGUAAGGUAGUAGAAGAGCCUCAGAGUCGUAAAGCUCAGCUUGUUUCUUCAGUAAAAAGUGGUCUGUUUAUCCUUGGAACAGCACUAGUUGUAUUUGUUGCCUUCCGGAAUACACUAACUUGGCAUCUGCAGUGCUUCUGGGGAGCUUCUGGAGACUUCUGGCAAAGACAGUGGGAGAAAGUGUACGAGUUUUUUGAUGGGGAUGAGUACAAUAUGAACAUAUGGGGUUAUGUUGAACGUCUGAAAGUCAUCCAAGUAAUCAAACAGGUUCUUGUAAAUCAGUUUAUCUUUGGAAUACCUAUCUUAAUUGGUGGCCAUUACCUGAGAAAUUUAAUAGGAUAUUCCAUGGGUGUGGAACUUCCUACAUUCCAGUGGGUUCUGUUAGAGCUGAGUGUCUUUGUGCUGGUGGAAGAAGUGGCCUUUUACUACACACACAGACUACUUCACCAUCCUCGAAUCUACAAGUACAUUCAUAAACAACACCACGAGUGGACAGCUCCAAUUGCAAUAACUGCUCUUUAUUGCCACCCGGUGGAGUAUGUUUUCUCCAAUUUUUUGCCAACAUUCCUUGGAGUUCUCUUUAUGGGCAGUCACACUGCCACCUGUUGGAUGUGGCUUGCACUAGCUAUCCUCUCAACACUAAAUGCCCAUUCUGGUUACCACUUUCCUUUCUUCCCUUCACCUGAAGCUCAUGAUUUCCACCACUUAAAAUUCAACCAGAAUUAUGGAGUUCUAGGAGUCUUGGAUCGGCUGCAUGGGACAGACAUUCACUUCCGUAACAGUAGAAUCUAUGAACGCCAUAUCAUGCUUCUCAGCUUGGUCCCCCUUAAGCAGCUGUAUCCCGACAAUACUAAACAGAAAGCAUCUUAAACAUGUAACUGGCUUGUGUUAUUUUGUUAUAAAUGUAUUUGAUAUUAUAGUUUUGUUUUAUAAUAAUUGCAAGGGGCUGCUAGGAUGGCUUAUUAGAAUUAUUUUUUCUUAAUAGAAAGUUUGUUUUAUGCUAAGCUUUACUUGUUAAAUUGUUUAGCAUGGUUAUUUGAUGUGUUUUGUUCCUUUCAUGUAUUUCUAGUUCCACAGCAAAAUCUGCUUUUACAUGACAUAAAGUAGUUUGUGCUUAUGACCAGUUAAUAACAUUUAAAUAUCUAGUGUUUAGAAGUGAGGUAAUUAUUCCAGACAACAACUUAGAAAUAUAUUAAGGCUUUCCAUACAUGUUUUAAAUGUUUUGAUAGGUGUGAAAUACAAAAUCAUGUUUUUUCAAAAUGCUACAUAAAAUUGUUGGAUAAAGGAUGAUAAAGAAUAUAUUGAUACGUGUAAAUUAGAACAUUUUCUAGUUUAUUUUAUGCAAUGUUUUGAGCAGAUGCCCUUUGUCAGGAAAUAAAGAAUGUGUUACAGUGGAAUUGGGCCUAAUUGGUUACUUUCAGAGGAAAUCUUUAUUAGUUACUUCUAGAGGGAAUCUUUAUUGGUUACUUCCAUAAGGAAUCUUUAUUGGUUACUUCCAUAGGGAAUCUUUAUUGGUUACUUCCAUAGGGAAUCUUUAUUGGUUACUUCCAUAGGGAAUCUUUAUUGGUUACUUCCAUAAGGAAUCUUUAUUGGUUACUUCCAUAGGGAAUCUUUAUUGGUUACUUCCAUAGGGAAUCUUUAUUGGUUACUUCCAUAGGGAAUCUUUACUGGUUACUUUCAGAGGAAAUCUUUAUUGGUUACUUCGAGAGGAAAUCUUUAUUGGUUACUUCCAUAGGGAAUCUUUAUUGGUUACUUCCAUAGGGAAUCUUAAUUGGUUACUUCCAUAGGGAAUCUUAAUUGGUUACUUCCAUAAGGAAUCUUUAUUGGUUACUUUCAUAGGGAAUCUUUAUUGUUUUUUUCCAGAGGGAAUCUUUAUUGGUUAUUUUCAGAGGGAAUCUUUAUUGGUUUCUUUCAGAGGGAUUCUUUAUUGGAUACUUUCAGAUGAAACCUUAUUUUUUUGUUGUUUUUUUGCUAGCAUUGUAUGUGCAUGAACUGAAAUGCAACUUGGUUUUUUAAUUUAUCUGUAUGCAUUUAGCAACAACAUUUGCCUGGCUUCUGCUUUCUUUUUAUGUGAGUUAUGCAUGAGAAGUGUAUAUCCUCCAGAUGAAUAAGCAAGUGUAUGCUGGUCCUAAAAUAGGCUUCCCAAAAAUGCUCUACUUUUAUGUAAUAAAUCCUGUUUUGGUUUGAAAUAGAAUAACACUGAAAUGUUUUAAUAUUUGAGCCACAAAUUGGAAUUAUUCUUUGCCUGAUGGUUAUUAUUUUUGUAUUUUAGGACAGAAGAAUUAAUAUAAUGUCUUUAAUAUAUAUGUCAAGGAAAUUCCAAUUUUUUUAAAUUUUUUUUUGCAAAUCUAAAAACUGUACCAUCUUGUUGACACACAUGUCAAUGAUAAGCUUACUUUAAUAGGUCUACAAGUUGUUCCUCUUGUAAGGAGGUUUUGUGUGUUAACAAUAAAAUUUCUUGAUUACUUUGAAAACCUUGA